CCCGCACCCACAACCCGAUCGACAUCAACCCGGCCGAGUAUUCUAAGCUCAAGCUAGAUAAGACAGUGAUUGACGCAAUCGGAAUAUCCGGAAUGCUGUGGAUCCAUCUGCUUACGGUCAUGGACUACGGGCCAUGUGUGAAACGUAUGAAGCGUAGCAACCGAUGAACCGACCGGCGUUGGAUUACUCGAGCGAUACGGAAGCCAUCAUCGGAUCGUGGCCCACCCGGCCAUGGCAUACACGAAAGCUCGAGACAGCACUCAAACCCUUGGAGGUGGUCCAGAAUUUGCCAACUUUAACUCAAUCCCGCGCGUUCGAUCCGGGGCAUGUAUGGGUCUCCAGAGCCGUGUAGCUGACCGUCUGCAGGACGAAAGCGAUGAAAUCCUUUCAGCUCCCAAGUACUCACUGCCCAUCUGAAGAGAGCCUAGAGAUCUUCGCCAGCGUUUGGCCGCCAGUCCAUGGACCUUAAGAACACCGAAAACAUCUUCAGCAGCCGGUGGUACCUUCAUAUAUUCACCGCCGGUACGGUCUAUGACCUCGCAACAUAUUGGGCCGUCGUCAAUUCGUUCGCCAAGUGUCCGGCGUAUGCGACAGCUGCUGAAAACGACUCAAGCUGGUCCGGGUGGCGCACCAGCAUCGGCAAUAGCAGCCCUCACCGGCCAUCAGAGCCCGGCACCUACAUCGAGCACAACAUUGCCACGCACCCACUAUCCGAUCGACAUCAACCCGGCCGAGUAUUCCAAGCUCAAACUGGAUAAGACAGUGGUUGGCGCAAUCGAAUAUCCGGAAUGCUGUGGAUCCAUCUGCUUGCCGGUCGUGGACUACGGGUUACGCCUGAACCACCUCAAGUGCAGCAUCCGAUGAUCCGAGAUUUGUAUUGUGUACUGGAAUGCGAUCGUAUCCGGGUUGCUGGAUGGAUCGUGGGAUCCUCAACAUCGACACAAGCUGUGUCAUAGAUGUGCACUUUCACUAACUAUUCUCCUGCGGCAACUGCCCGCAAGCUGCACCGGAACGGAACUUGGCCUCGGGACAGCACGGAUGUUCUGUCGAAAAUUCAAAACGCUGUAAAAAUUGUAGGGGUUCCGUACUAUUUAGUUGCUAAAUAUAUAAUUUUCCAUGA